CCAGAUAAAACCAGUACCACUAGAUCCAUAUUAACAUACGAAAUACCUAACAGUAUAGAGUCGGCAGCCAUUUGGAGUGCAUGUACCAAGUAUUGCAUCGACAUAUAAAUAAUACUAAAAAUGGGUUCCAUGACGAUAGUGUUGAGUGUUUUCGCAGUUAUAUUCUUCAUAGGCUACACAGAAGCUGCAGGCAGUUGUCCACUGGCCUCGAAGGUGUACGGGUGUUCUCCGAAAUGCCAGCAGGCCUACGACUGCUCCCACGGCAAGCAGUGCUGUCCCAACAGCUGUAACUCCAAGUCCUGCGUAGACGUUGCUGCGUACGGCGGAGGAAAUAAUGGCAAAGAUAAGCAACAAUCCGGUGGCGCAGGGAUCUACUGCGGCAACCAGAAGUGCAGUCCAUUUGAAGUGUGCAAAAUGGACCCUGCUACCAGGAGAAUGAAGUGCUCCCGAGCUUAGAUCUAAAUAACACCUAAUAAAACCUGCUGCCCGAUUCAGUAACUUCCACAACAGGUUGUGAACCGUCCGGUGAAACAUGUGUUCUAAAACGACACAAAAAAAUUUAUACAAAUAAUCUUUACUUUUAAAUAUGUAGUGUUGUUUAAUAUUAAAUUAGUAGUAGUAAGCUAUUUGUGAUAGAGCUGGUCCUCACUCAGCUGGAAGUACUCAUUUUUACUGCCGCAUUGUUGCAAUGCUGGGUUCCGGUCUGAAGGGUGUGUAAACGGUGUAGUUACAGGCCCAUGAGGCUUAACACCAACGCCUCAGGUUGACUGAACCAGGGCAUGCUAGACCUGUUCUUUGCAGGUCCUAGUCCGAAGUGUUGUUCUAUUUAUAGUGACUCUAAAGAUAACGCUCUCUAAAGCUACGUGCACACUUUGAUUUCAAAAGUAAACAUGCAUAAAUAUAUAUUACUAUAUUAUAGAUACGUAAUAUAUUGCAAAUGAUACAAUAUUCAAUGUAUAAAAAUCCUGCUUUUCGCGGAAUAUAUGCAGAAGGUCGGGCUUAAACGAAUUCUCGUCAAUUCUGUAACAGUUAAGUACUUUGUAUCUAAUCGUGCAUUUGUGCCAAUUACUUUUAUAGCGACAAGAUGUACCGACGUUAAUUUUUUAUUAGUAUUUUCUUAAGAUAAUAAAGAAAUAAAAUAUUUAAA